AUGGAUCAGAUUAUUAAAGAAAUCAGGUCAGAGAAGCGACGACGUUUCAUAGCUCGUCAAAUAAACUUUGAUCUCGAUUUACCAGGUGAUGGACAGUUCUACUGUGUUGAAUGUGAUCGGUAUUUUAUUGAUGAAAAAUCUCUGAUAAGUCACAAGUCGAGUAAGGUUCAUCGACAGCGACUAAAGCGAUUACGAGAACCGGUAUACACGCAACAUGAAGCUGAAGAAUCUGUUGGGUUAAGGACUACCCUCUCUUGA